CCCGAGCCCCGCCCCAUGCCAAGGCCAGCCUAUGGGCUGAGUGGGGUGACUAUCUCCAAAAGCUGGGAAUUUCCCUGAGCGGCAGCAGCAGCCUCUCUAAGCUGGUGCAACUAGGACCAGCUUGUGGGACAGAAUCCAGCUGAGCCAUGCUUGGGCUUACACAGCAUGCUCAGAAAGUUUGGAGAAUGAAGCCCUUCAGUCCUGAGGUUUCCCCAGACCCAUCCCCUGCCACCGCAGCCCACCUGCUUCGCAUCUGUACUCUCUUCCUGACCUUGCUCGAGUUGGCCCAAGGCUCCAGAGGUUCCAUGGUAUCCAACCGGCCGUUCAUCACUGUUUGGAACGGAGACACUCAUUCCUGCCUGAAAGAUUAUGGAGUGGAUGUGGAUGUCACUGUCUUCGAUGUGGUUGCCAACAAGGAGCAGAGUUUCCAAGGCCCUAACAUGACUAUUUUCUACAAGAAGGAGUUGGGCACCUACCCCUACUAUACCCCCACCGGGGAACCCGUAUUUGGUGGUCUGCCCCAGAAUGCCAGCCUGGUUACCCACCUUGCUCACACAUUCCAGGACAUCCAGGCUGCCAUACCUGAACCUGACUUCUCGGGACUGGCAGUCAUUGAUUGGGAGGAUUGGCGCCCACGAUGGGCCUUCAACUGGGACAGCAAGGACAUUUAUCGGCAGCGCUCACUGGAACUGGUCCGGGCAGAGCACCCUGACUGGCCAGAAACUUUAGUGGAGACAGUAGCCCAAGACCAGUUCCAGGAAGCUGCACAGGCCUGGAUGGCAGGCACCCUCCAACUGGGGCAGGUACUGCGUCCUCGUGGCCUCUGGGGCUACUAUCGCUUCCCUGACUGCUACAGCUACGACUUUCUGAGUCCCAACUACACAGGCCAGUGUUCACAAAGCAUCCGUGACCAGAAUGACCAGCUAGGGUGGCUGUGGAACCAGAGCUAUGCCCUUUACCCCAGUAUUUACUUGCCUGCAGCACUGAUGGGUACAGGGAAGUCACAGAUGUAUGUUCGACACCUUGUGCAAGAGGCGUUCCGUGUAGCUAUGGCUUCCAGAGACCCCCAUGUGCCUAUAUUCCCCUACGUCCAGAUCUUCUAUGAAACAACAGAUUAUCUUCUGCCCCUGGAGGAGCUGGAGCACACCCUGGGGGAGAGCGCAGCCCAGGGAGCCGCAGGAGCAGUGCUCUGGAUGCAGUCAGAAAAAACAAGUACCAAGGAAUCAUGCCAGGCUGUUAAAGCAUAUAUGGAUUCCACACUUGGGCCCUUCAUCGUGAACGUGACCAGUGCAGCUCUUUUGUGCAGUGAAGCGCUGUGUUCCGGCCAUGGACGCUGUGUCCGCCAUCCCAGUCAUCCUGAGGUUUUCCUCACCCUCAACCCUGCCAGUUUCUCCAUUGAGCCAACACAUGAUGGCAGGCCCCCAAGCCUCAAGGGUACCCUCUCACUUAAGGAUCGGGUGCAGAUGGCUAGGAAAUUCAAGUGUCGAUGCUACCGUGGAUGGAGCGGCAAGUGGUGUGACAAGCACGGUAUAUGGUGAUUAGCUGCACCACACUGAACACCUGACACACCCAGGACCUACCUAUGACUUCCUCAAAUACAAUCACAUGCCCACAAGUCACAGUCAGGAGUACACUCAACCACGGUCAUGGCCACAUGCACACAGACAGGCACAGUCACGGGGAUAGUCAUAUAGUGAAUCAGAAUUUAGGGCAGGCACUAUCAAUUCUGUGCCUAUAAGGACCUAAUCAUAAGCAGGAUUAUAGGCAGUUCCUCCAGAAUCUAUGAGUCUGCAGACACAAAAGCUGCCAUUUGCCACUAGAAGUGGGCUAACUCAUUCAGUCUUUACAAUUGACAUGCAGGGAAGCAGGAGCACUUUUUAUUAACUUACUCUUUUGCUCUGCUGGGAAUUGAAUUUAGGACCUCACGAACACUAGGCAAGUGCUCUAACACUAAACUAUAUUCCCAGCCACUGAGGGUGUGUACUUCCUGUCCAAUGUUGCCCAGAAAGAAGUGACAAGCAAGGUCAGGCAUUGAUGAUGCACACCUUUGAUCCCAGCACUCACGGGAGGCAAGGCCAGCCUGGUCUACAUAUUGAGCUCCAGGAUACAUGGAGAGACGCUGUCUCAAACCAAACCAAACAACCAGGAGAGAUGCAUAUUGAAAUCUAGGCUACCUAGCUCCAAAGAUAGAAUCUUGCACACCUACUGCAUAUCGAUGGUGCCCUAAGAGGGCUGGGGGAACAUACUAGUAUCACUCUACAGAAUCCCUGAAUCUGCUCAGAGUAUUAGCAUUACUCAACCCAGCAAACAAAGCUGUCCUAUAUUACUUAGCUGUUUAAUUAGCUCCUAAAAUAGGCAGGUCUCAGAAACCCAGAAGGCACUCGAAAGUCUCGGAAAGUCUCUAUACUUUCACCCGAUUGUGUUGUCUGAAGACGACUGCUUCCCAUGACCAUGAGAAAGUUCCACCUGAUCAGACCAUUUCCACCGACCCACUAGGACUGGAGACGGACGCUACUAGAGCGGAAACAAAAUGAGACUCCUAUUUCUUUGAGCUUGGAGCUGGGAGACGUGCAGGCGGAGCUGAACACAGGCAAGCGCUAGAAGCCGGAGGUCGAGCCAAGAGGAGGCGGAGCCAACGAAAGGAAACUACCUAGUCGCCACCGGAAGGGAAGAAGCCAGGGUCAGAAUGGGCCCACACUAGUUCUGUUGUGACGCUCAGAACCAGGGGCGGGGUGUCUAGGUAGUGACAUUCCGGGCACUGAGAACUUAGGAGGAGGUGAGCUGUCUCCUGCGAAGACUGCAGUGAGUACUCCGUACUGCUGGGACCAGCGGAGGAGUUGGAGCCAGAGACAGCAAGUUACCCAACCGUGCGCAGGCAGGACGCAGAGCAUCCCGGAACUCGGCUUUAACAUCUGAGCCUGGAUCCUACCUGUAGUCAAGAGCUGACCCCUACCUUAGACCCUGUGCACCGGAUGGAGCUGAUCCUGAGUGCCAGCCCAGCAAAGCUGACUCUAGAUCCUGCAUGCCAGCCAGAGUUGACCCUGAGAUUCAACCUGACCAAGCUAACCCUGGAUCCUGCACGCCAGCCAGAGCUGUCGCUGAGUCCCAGGCUAGCUGAGCUGACCCUGGAUUCCACAUGCCACCCAGAGAUGAGCCUCAGUCCUGGCCCAGCUGAGCUUACCCUGGAUCCUCAACACCAGGCAAAGGAGAUCCCAGUCCCCAAGCUGGCUGAAUUGACCCUGGAGCCUGUACACUGCCGACCUGAGCUCAUGAGUGCUUGUGCCGACCUCAUCAAUGACCAGUGGCCCCGCAGCCGUGCCUCCCGUCUCCACUCUCUGGGCCAGUCCUCAGAUGCCUUCCCCCUCUGCCUGAUGCUGCUAAGUCCUCAGCCCGUACCUGGAGCAGCCCCUAUUGUGGUGGGCCAUGCCCGCUUAUCACGGGUACUGGACCAUCCCCACAGCCUCUUAGUGGAGACAGUGGUGGUAGCCCGGGCUUUGAGGGGCCGUGGCUUUGGUCGCCGCCUCAUGGAGGGCUUGGAGGCCUUUGCCCGAGCCCGGGGUUUCAGACGGCUGCACCUUACCACUCAUGACCAGAUAUACUUCUACGCCCAUCUGGGCUACCAACUGGGUGAGCCUGUGCAGGGUUUGGUCUUCACCAGCCGUCGGCUGCCCACCACUGUCCUCCGUGCCUUCUCUAAGCCACCCUGCCCCCAGCCACCCUGCAAAGGGCCUAUCCUAGCUGCUCAAGUUGUCCCAAGGAGCUCUAAGGGACUCCCAUUGCCGCCACCUCCUCCCCUACCCCAGUCUCUGACCACCCCACCGCCUCCUUCACCUGAGCCCCUUCCUCAAAACCCGCUAGAGACACGAUAUCGAGAUCUGAAGGGGUGCCCUAUAUUCUGGAUGGAAAAAGACAUCUGAUGGCCCUGUCUCUCUGGGACACUGGAUUGCCCAGAACAGAGCCAGCCUCAGUCCACUGGCCAUUCUCCACCCCCUGGGGACAACCUUAGCCUGUGUAUCUUUCCUGGGUACCAGUGGGCCAGGAGGUGGCUCCGGAGCUUUGGCUCGGAGCUGUCAGUGUGGCUAAAUAAAGGCUUCCAUUAGGUA